CCCCGAUUUACUCCAAUGGAGAUUUUUAGGGAGGCCGACGAAAAUGAUGGGCAAAACAAAGGGCAUCACCGGUCCACUGCUGCACCGAAACCUCCGGUUCAAUACCCUCCGAUAAAGGCGUGCCACGUGGCCCACAAAUCCCACGUGGAAAUUUCAAAGCCACAACCGAUCAAGUCGAAAAGCAGCCAUCAGAUCUCUCUCCCUCUCCUAUUAUCCACAUUCGCCCCCGCUCUCUAUCCCUCCACCACAAAGCGGAAUUAUUAACACUAUCAAAUUCAUGGUCAACGACGCUCUCUCUUUCUCUCUCUCUCUCUCGGGAAGCUGAUGGUCAAACAAUAAUCAGUGUGUCAUUCACUCACUUCUGAAAUUGAAACCCAACACCAACUUCGACUCUCCCUCUCUCCCUCUCAUGGUUCUCUGCUCUGUCUUCUCUCUCCUCCUGAACUGAAGCUUCUCUCUCUCUCUGUCUCUGCAAUUCCAAACGCACGAAACAAUGGCCUUCGCUCAGCUCGUUUCUUAUUCCUCUUCUUCCCCUUCUCUCUCUCCCAAACCCUCCCUCACUCCCCCGAUUGCCACUCCCACCCGCUGCUGCUCCUCCAAAUCCCUCGCUCCGCCCCACCUCCGCCGCCGGCGCCGGCGGAACCCCAACUCGGUGCGCUGCUCCGCCUCCUCCUUCUCGGAGAGGCGCCCCGCGGGGUCUCCAUCCUCCGACGACGUCGUAGAGCUCCCCCUGUUCCCCCUCCCGCUCGUCCUCUUCCCCGGCGCGAUCCUCCCCCUCCAAAUCUUCGAGUUCCGUUACCGCAUCAUGAUGCACACGCUCCUCCAGACCGACCUACGCUUCGGCGUGAUCUACACAGACUCCGUCUCUGGCACCGCCUCCGUCGGCUGCGUUGGAGAGAUCGUCAAGCACGAGCGCCUCGUCGACGACCGGUUCUUCCUCAUCUGCAAGGGCCAGGAGCGGUUCCGCGUCACCAGCAUCGUCCGCAGCAAGCCCUACCUCGUCGCCCAGGUCGCGUGGCUCGAGGACCGGCCCUCCGCCGACGGCGCCGACGACCUGGAGUCGCUGGCCAGCGAGGUGGAGGCCUACAUGAAGGACGUCAUCCGGAUCUCGAACCGGCUGAGCGGGAAGCCCGAGAAGGAGGUGCAGGACCUGAGGCGGAACCUGUUCCCGACGCCCUUCUCCUUCUUCGUGGGGAGCACGUUCGAGGGCGCGCCGAGGGAGCAGCAGGCGCUGCUCGAACUGGAGGACACUGCGACGAGGCUAAAGAGAGAGAAGGAGACUUUGAGGAACACGCUCAAUUACUUGACGGCUGCUUCCGCGGUCAAGGAUGUGUUUCCGUCCUCGUGAUCGAAUCGAGUGAGACCGGUGAAGACUGAUCACUUACUGAUGAAGCAGAAGCGGAGAACAAGCUAAGUGUUUUGAUGCCAACUCCCCGGACAUUUUCAAGCAAUUCACACAACAAGGAAAACCUUUCUAAGACGUAAAUUUUUACCUUUCUUUUUUAUUUUGUAAAUGAUUCGAGCUUAGUAUUAUCCAUCAAGGCAGUCUCGUUCAUGGUUAUAACUAGUAAUAACCUGUGGGAAUCAUACGAGCCACUAGAACAGAACAACAUUCGAUUAGUCAAAUCUUUCCUGCGUGGUGCAUGAACAAGUAGAAUUUCACAUGGAAGCGACGAUUCCUAGGAAUUAUGUUCUUAAUUAUGUUUUUAAGGUCGAUUUUAGAGGCAAGUAAACUUGUCCGAAAGCUUUUCAUUCCUAA